AUGCUAGCCUGUAGUGCUUUAAAUACGGCUUCCCGCCGACAGCAAAUCGAGUCAUGGGAAGCCUCAGAAAUGAACAAGGAGAUCGUCACGCCUCGGCCUGCUGAUCGCGUUAACUUUCCCAUUGAUGUGCAGUUUCAUGCAGCUUGUAAAAAUUCUGAGUUGGAUGAAGUUAAGGAACUUCUUUCGAAGGGAGUGGACGUUGAUGUUGCUAAUGUCGAUGGCUUAACCGUUCUUCAUCAGGCUUGUAUCGACAAUAACUACGAGGUUGUACAGUUUCUCCUCUCCAAUAAUGCGAAUGUUAAUGCUCAAGAUAAUGAAGGAUGGACUCCUCUCCACGCUUGCGCUUCUUGCUCCUACACAGAGCUGGCAAAGUGA